UCUGUUCAUGUUCGGUGCUCCUCCGCCUUCGGACUCACGACGAGGGCAUGCGCCACGCCACCAGCGAGCAAUUCACUCUCCAACAAUCCAUCCGGUGCUCGCAAACGACGUACAUCGUCGACACUACCUUUUUAUUUCAAUUCAUCCAUUCUUUCAUCUCACUCAUUCGAUCCUUGCGAUGACUCAGCCCGGCCUUUCCUCCCCCGUCCUCUCUACCGCAUCGCCAUCCCCAUUCUCUCACUCUCUCUUUCUCUUUCUGUCUCACACACACACACAAACACCAUAAAACUCAGUCCUUACAUCGCGCAACACAGCAGCACAUCAUGGGCGGCGCCGCCUUCGCCUCGGGCGACCGGCCGCUGCACACGCCCCGCAUGCCGCGGCCCGUCUAUCACGACGUCAAGAGCCGCUGCAUGGCCAUCCUGCGACAGACGUACGUGUGCGUCGCGUCCCCCAUCGACGGGCCCGGCAAGACCGACUUUGGCGACAUUGACAUCCUCGUCGCGUGGCCCAAGGACUUCAACGUCGACGGUAGCCUCCAAGACACCCGCCGGGGCUUGGACGCCAUCGCCGAUGCCCUGGGCGCCGCGCGCAUCAUCGUCAACGACGCCUGCGCCUCGAACCUCGCCCUGCCCUGGCCCCGGCGGCUGCUGAAAGACGAGGAGUCCGCCGCCGCCGCCGACGAGAAUAUGCCAGACGACAGAUAUAUCCAGGUCGACGUGCGCAUCUGCAGGUCCCUCCAGGAGAUGCAGUGGAUGCUCUUCAAGCACGCGCACGGCGACAUUUGGAACAUCCUCGGCUCGACCACCCGCCCCUACGGCCUGACUGUCGACGACGGCGCCCUGUGGCUGCGCGUCCCCGAGAUCGAGAAGACGAACCGCAACCGCGCCAAGGUCCUGCUCACCUCGGAGCCCGCUAGGGUGCUCGCCUUCCUCGGCCUCCCCGUGGUCGAUUACUGGGACCGGCCCUUUGAGAGCCUGGACGCCAUGUUCGAGUACGCCGCCCGGUGCCGCAUGAUGUACGUGCCCCCACCAGACGACGACCCUUCUGCUGCUGCUGCUGCUGCUACCUCCAGUAUCACACGCAUCCAAGACGGUGGCACCGAGCAGCAGCAGCAGCAGCAAGCCGCCGCCGAGGACCGCAAGAAGCUCAAGGCCAACGACCGGCGGCGCAUGAGAGGCCGCCCCGCGUUCCGCGCCUGGGUCGACGCCUUCCUCCCCGCGUGCCGCCGCGCCGGCCGCUUCGCCGCGCCACAGACGACGCGCGAGCGCGUGACCGAGGAGGCGCUGCGUGCGUUCCCCCACGCGCGCGACGACUUCGCGGCCCGGCGGGACGACUUCUUGCGCGAGCGCCAGCGCGAGACCAUCUGGAACGUGCUCAUCAAGGGCGCCGUGCCGGAGCCCGACCGCGCGACGGCCACGGGCGCCGAGGUGACGUACCGCGCGUGCCUCGUCAAGGCGCUCAAGCGCGUGAUCCUCGAGGGCGACGAGUCGUACGACGACGUGAUUCGUCGUCGCGACGAGGGGAGGGAGGAGGAUGAGGAGGAGAGGGAAAGCCUGCGGGACGAGAGGGGGUUCUGGAGGCUGGACAGGGUGGUGGACUUUAUUGAGCGCCACAAGGACUGCGUUGGCGAGAUGGCGUAUGCGCGGCAGAACGAGAGGUACAUGGAGCACCUCAAGGCCAAGGAGGCAAAGGCCAAGGCUGCUGGCGGUGGGCAGUAGAUAGUUAACAGUCAAGCCCAGGGGACGGCGUUCGGCCUCUGUCGAAGCUGUUGUUGGAAGGACGAGCUGCGUUCCCCAGCCAGGUCAUCAUCAUCAACAACAACAUCAUCAUCAUCAUCAUCACCAGCACCCAAGGUGUCGGCACAGGCUCAAGAGUCAAAAACCGGAAAUGCGAUUGUCCGAUCAGCUUCUUCUACAGUAUACCAUCUUACUUACCCCUCCGCCUCCUUGCGCUGCUUCUCUUCCUUGCGCUUGCGCCGCGCCUCCUUGCGACCCUCCGUCGCCUGGCAGUUCGCGCAGUAGUAGUCGCUCUUGAUGACCCUGCGGGUCACAUGGACGCCCCUGCCGCAGAAGCCGAUGCCCGUCUCCGCCACGUGGGGGAACUUUUCGCGCACAACGUCGCACGUCGUGGGCCGGUACGGGCGGACGUACCACGCGAUGGUGCAGUUGUCGUUUUUGCACCCGGCGAACUCGAUGGUCUGGAAGCACAUGUUUGUUGCCUGCCUGCCUGCCUGCCUGUCUGCUUGGGCCUGGGAGAGGGGUGGUUUAUCAAGUUUGCAGAGGAGGUUUCGGGCCUUGGGGAAUCUGAAUCUGCGAAUACACCAGACUGGGACGUCUGCCCUUUGAACUUUCAGUUUGCUUGGGAAGAGAGCAUUUGUUUUUGUCGGGGAUUGUUCUAGGGGCGAGGUUCUUCGCCAUGUUCGUCUGCUUGCGCGGAGCUUUAUAGACGGUCCUGGGGGUCUUCGCGAAUCAGGAACCCCGGGAGGGGGAACUUGUCUAUCACUCCCAUCAACCGUUAUUGACGCACGCAAGCACGGGGCAGCAAGGAACGAAGGGGGGGCCUCUUCUUAUCCAACCCGUUACGCUAUGCACGCAGACUAAAUACAUGUAACAAUCGGCAUUCAAGAAUGGACCGCCAUCACAAACUCUCACUGCUGUUGUUUAAUGUAGACACUGCUAUUGCGAGACCGAGCUGCGUCCCCCGGUCAUAUCAUCAUCUCCAUCGCCAUUAUCACCAUUCUCAUCAUCAUCUAAAUCGCCGC